CGUGCUUCUUCUAGCGCGCCUUAACAGUUGCAGAAAGCAAAACCCUUAAACCCUAGACGCCACCACCGUCCACGGUGCUUCCCUCCGCUCCCUCCAACCGCCGGAGAUCCCAAUUUGACCUCGAUCUCUCGCCGGCUCCGUCGGAUCUCGGCGAGCGGCGGCGAUGGCGGACGUGGUGCAGUACCGGCUCGAGCGCAUGGUGGGCGAGCUCGACGACCUCGAGCGGCGGGGCCUCUUUACGCGCCGCGAGAUCGCGGAGGUCGUGAAGCAGCGCCGGAAGUUCGAGUACCGGCUCAAGAGGCCGAGCCCGCUCAAGGAGGACUUCCUCGCCUACAUCGACUACGAGACCCAGCUCGACGCGCUCCGGAGGCUCAGGAAGAACUCGCUCGCGCGGGAGGCGAGGAAGAAGAUGAAGAAGUCGGUGUCCGACUUCGCCGGGGUCGCGAGGAUCAUUGAGAUUUACAGGAUGGCGGUGAUGAGGUAUAAGGGAGAUAUUGAUCUGUGGUUCCGGUACUUGGAGUUUUGUAGGGUGAGAAAGAACGGCCGGAUGAAGAAGGCCCUUGCUCAGGUGAUAAGAUUCCACCCAAAGGUUCCAGGAGUUUGGAUUUAUGCUGCGGCCUGGGAAUUCGACCAUAAUCUAAAUGUUGCAGCCGCUCGUGCACUUAUGCAGAGCGGUUUAAGAUUGUGUCCAACAUCAGAAGAUCUAUGGGUGGAAUAUCUGAGAAUGGAGCUCACAUACCUUAAUAAGUUAAAGGCCCGAAGGAUUGCUCUUGGAGAGGAUAACGAGACUUUGAUUCGCAGUCGUGAAGAUAAUAAUGAGAAACAGUGGAAAAAUGAGAAUCAAGAUCUCUUUAUGUCUCUUAAUGAAGGUAGAGAUACAGGUGAUGGAUCCGGUGGUCAAAAUGGGGAAGCUGAAAAGAAGGUAGAUUUGUUUCAAGAGCAAGGGUUGAUCAUUCUUCAAACUAUUUACAGUGGUGCCGUAGAAAUGCUUCCCUCAAGUUUGAGUCUUAGAAAACGACUGUUUGAGAUAUUGGAUUCAAUAAACUUGUCAGAUUCAGAAGAACUGCGAGAGAAGGUACUAGGUGACAUGAAGAGAGAAUUUUCCACUGACCCUGAAUAUUGGGACUGGCUUGCAAAACAUCAAAUUACUGAUUUUGAGAGUCUACAAGAUAUAGAUGAGGAGAGAUUGCAUUCUGAGGUGCAAAAGGCAGUCAAGAUCUAUGAAGAGGCGAUAGAGAUUCUUCCUUCCCCUGUGCUGUUUAAUCUGUAUACAAAAUUUUUUAUGGAUGUCAUUGCGCUGAAAGAAGGAAAUAUCGAGAGAUCUCAGUCAUCUGGAAAUAUGCACAGCUAUAUAUCACAACUCCUAAUGGUAUAUGAAAAGGCUGAAACAGUGGGGUGCCUGGAUGAGGAUCUUGCUUGCAAACAUGUCUCAUUGUACUUACAAUUGGGAAGACUGAAUGAAGCCCGUGAUAUGGCAGGAAGGCUUUGCAGCGGAAAACUGUCUGAUUCGAUGCAGUUGUUGCUCUUAAGGGUCUCAGUAGAACUUAGAUGUCUUACAAAGAAUUAUACAUCCUUGGAUAAGGCUGAUCUGGUUUCCAUUUUUGAUCUUCUGAGAAACGUUUUGACAAAAGCCUCUGUUUCAGAAACCGAGCAACUGUGGUUAGUGGUUCUCAAGAUUUUCGGUAAUCAAAACCAAUACUUCGACAAGCUUUUGGAGAUCGCGUUUGUUGCUCUACCUAAAAAUGGUGGCAGUGAAUCUGAAUUUUCCCUCUCUUCAGUGAUUGUUAAUUUUGUUCUUCAGAAAGAUGGGGUUGAACGUGCUAGAGAGAUGUACAGACGAUUUCUUGCUCUUCCUCACCCUGAGGGUGCAUUAUAUAAGACUUGCAUUGAGCUGGAGAUGAACCUUGCUUUUGCGGGUUCUAAAGAUUGUCUUUCUAGAGUUCGGAAGUUAUAUGAAGCUGCGCUCACAGCUUAUGACCAAAGUGUAGAUUUGUGGAGAGCUUACUAUUCUCUGGAGAACAAGAUGGGAACAGCAGAAUCCACAACGGCUGUGUACUGGCGUGCCCAGAAGAUACUGAAAGAUGCUUCAGCUAUCACUAACCUUCCACAUUCGUGAUUGUACUCUGAAUUAUUUGUUACAUCCAAUUUUGACCCUCAUCAUGUACCAUUGGUUUUCACUUUAAGGUUUUUGAUAUAGAAGGUACAACGUUGUAAA